CCUUUAUGUUAUGCUAUACAAUGUAUAGACAUUAUUCUUUCCUUUUCCCAACCAUUGUCCUUCUGACAUUUGCAUAUAAUGUAUGGCACACUUGCGUGGGAAGAACCAGAAUGACAGGACUGGUUUGACAGGACAGCUGUGGGGCAUGAAUGUAAACAAAGAACAGCAGGAAUGAAAGAAAUGCAUUUGCUCAUGGUGAUUGCUGCACACCAAUACUGCGUUUUGCAUGAAUGAAAUGCAUGGAUAAUGCAGUGGAGUAAAGUUGAUGCAGUGGAAGCUGUUGAAGAUCAAAAUGAAAAAGAAAGACAGUUUCAUUCAACCAAUGGAAUUUGCUUGUGGAUUUGUUUAUAUCCCUCCUCUAAUCAAUCAGAAAUCAUCCCAGAAACCAAACCAUAAUGUUUUUAAGCGUUCAGCUCUCCUCCCUCCUCUCAAAAUACGGCGUCCUCGCACACCUCCUCCUCCACCUCCUGCUUCUGCUGAGAAAUCUCACAGGCCUCCAGUUGCCUCCCCAGAAAAGAGAAUUUUGGGACAAAUGGGGGGAGGUGAAAACCAAAAGAGUACAGGGAAUAACCUGCAUGUGUAUGACAAUUCAGCUUUCUUCCUCAAAGCUAAAGCUAGCGACCCUGCCCCAGAGGGUCCAGGGAGGCCCCUUGCACCUCAGUCAUCACCAGCAGUGCUCAGAAAAGCUCUUUUACCUCCACCAAUCAGGGCCCAGCUGGACAACCUUUGUCCUCCAGCACCUGCUUCACAGGCUCUCAAAGACCUCAAUUCCAGCUCUCAAGAGCAGGGGCUGACCUAUGACCUUCCCAAGGAAGAACCAAAGAUUGAGGAGCAUCCAUUAGAUCCUGAGUAUUCAUAUAAUAUCCCAGAAGGCAGUGGGGUGGAUCUUCUCAGUGUGGCUAACAGAAAGUUACCUGUAAAGUCAGCACCACCUCUCCCUCCUCGCCCUUCCUUUAUGAAGAGAUUCCCAGAAUACUUAAUCCUGUUGCCUAAAUCCUCCACGCCUUCCCCUCCCAUUGCCCCCCGGGUUGACCCUCACGCCCCAGCCUUCACCAAUCCAGCAUCCCUGGAUAACCAACCAUUGCCAGGCAACCCAAAUGUAAUUCUUGUUAGUUUGGGGACUCUUGUGACUGAAGAAAAUGUUCAAACAAUGCAGGGUGUGCCCAGCUCCUGCUCACAAUGUGGAUCCGCCCUGGAUUCAUAUUAUGACAACAUGGUGAACAAGUGUUACUUCUGCCAGCCAUGGGAGCCUGGGACUCCCCCUUCCUCUCAACCUAAUUGUCCUCCAAUGGGGUGCCAGGACUGUCUUUUCCUCUUGAACCCUGAUGAGCUUGCCAAAUUGCCAACUGAAUCACUGCUCAUAUUCUGUAUCGAUAUCUCAGGAUCAAUGUCUAUGACCUCACAAGUGACUGAAGCUGGGAAGAAAACCUACAAGUCACGUCUUCAGUGUGUACAACAGGCAAUGGUACAGUGUAUUUGCAGUCUGAAUGAAAGAAAGCCACAGACUAGAGUGGGACUUAUCACUUUCAACAACCAGGUGACACUGCAUGGCCUUGGGGAGGUGCCCACCCGGGUCUUCAAGGAGGCAGAGCUCAUUGACAGUGAUUACCUGAAGGAGGCAGCACUGAGCUUCCCCCGCCCACUGCCUCUCUCAGAGAGCAGCGAGCACCUGGAGAGACAAAUCCAAAGGCUUACGGAGAGUGGAGCCACAGCACUUGGUCCAGCAGCACUCAUUGCCAUAACCAUGGCCUCUCGAGAACCUGGGUCAGAGGUGGUCAUCUGUACAAACGGCAAGGCCAACACAGAAAUGGGGAACCUCGAUGUGGAUGAUAAGGACCCUCAUUCACUGAUGUCCUCCACCAUCUUCUACCAGGACCUGGGGGAGUAUGCUGUUAACCAGGGGAUACUUGUAUCAGUGUUGUCUAUAGAGGGAACAGACUGUAGACUGCAUGAACUGGGGAGACUAGCUGACAGAACUGGAGGGAAGGUAGUGAUUGCCAAUCCAAACAAACUGCAAACAGAGCUCCAGCAGGUGUUGGAGAGCAGGAUAGUGGCCACACACUGCAGUGUUACCUUGCUGCUACCCACCACACUGACUGUGAAAGGAGAGAGGGAGCAGGGACACAAGGCGAUCAGGGAGGUGGGGAAUGUGACUGCUGACAAAGAGAUCACCUUCAGGUUCCGAGCAAGCGAGCAAGACACACAAAUCCUGCUCUCGGGUGGCUGUGUGUUCGUUCAGUUGCAGAUCAGAUACAGAAGGAUGGAUGGACAGACAGUGCUCAGAGUACUCUCAGUAGACAGGAGAGUAACUCAGGAUAGCUCCCAGGUCCUUUUCUCGCUCUCUUUGUCUAUACUUCAGCUCAAUGCCUCCCAGUCCUGCGCUGCAUUGGCUGUAAGAGGCCGUUAUAAGGAUGCUCUGAGUGAGGGGGAGACUCAGAGGAAACUGAUGGAACGAGCAUUAAACCACAUGAGAAGUCCUGAAGAGAAACAACAAUACACACAGUGGGUGGAAAAUAUGGCUCACAUCUACGACAAUAUACAAAACUACAAAGGGAACAAUUCUGGUUCCAUUACAGACACACAGUCUCUCACUGAUACAGGUGCAGCACUUCUUUACGGAAUGAAGAAUGGCAACAGGAAGUCUGUUUCAUUGAAGAAUGGGACCAAACCAAAGAUGUGAAAAUAAUCAAUCUUCAUUUCAUUAAAAGAUAUGAUGAGG